GUGUACGUACAUCGAUAGCGUCGAACAGACGCAUUAAUAUUUGCCUGUAAUUUCAUGUACUGACACAUAUCAAGACGUAACUGAAAUACAUAUACACCAUUGCCUGUGUUUUGUAGAACAUCGAUUCAGCAUAGUAAAAGCGACAAUGAAUAAUUCACAGAAAGACAUCUUAAGAAAGUACAUAGGAUUCUUGGCUCAAAAUAUAAUAUGGACAAACGAUUUAUGCAAAGAGAUGGUCUGCCAGGAUCUGCUUACUAAUUCCAUGAUGGAGGAUAUCAAAGAAUCCUACAGCAAGCAAGAAAAAGUUACUAAACUUAUCGAGUGGUUAUGUAUCAGAGAGAAGAAAUCAUAUCACAAAUUCUGUGACGUGCUUCAGAUCUGUGGCCACACAUUUGUGGCAGAUUUUCUGAGAGACGAAGAAAGAGAAAACAAUCUUGUAGAUUUACAUCAAAUUUUUGAUAAUUCGUCUCUGUUGAAGAACAACGUAACUCAGGAGGAGAGGCAAAGACUGACAGGUUUCAUUACACAAAAGGUUAAAGAAUUAAAAUUAAUGUAUGCAUGGAAGAAAGAGAAUUCUGAGAAAGAGAAGAUGCUUGAAGUUAAAAAUCAACAACUGGAACAGUUUUAUGAAUUCAAAGUCCUCCUCAAUGCCAAAAAUACCGAAAUUGAAGAACUGAAAAAAAUAACCGAACAGUACAAAACUGAAUAUUGUAAUCUACAAUUAAAAAUAAACGCUUUUGAAAAAGAAAUUGCCAAUUUAAAAGCGAAACACACAGAAGAUCUAUUGAUACAAAUCCGGUCCAAUCAUGCAAAUGAAUCCACAAAAGAUCGAAUUGCAGGCAAAUUAAGAUUUGCUGAAAGUCUUCUUCGGAAUAUUCAUAAAUGCAUUUCCCAAACUAUAUCACUGAAACCGAGAACAAAAGAUACAGAAGAAAUUGCUUUAGUUGAAAAUGAAUUUGCAUUCCUGUGGGAAGAUUUUGAAAAUUUUCACAGAUCUUUUCUUGAGCUCAAGGAAAUUAAAAAACACUAUACAGAAAUGCAACAGGGGAAUGAAUGGAUUUUAACACAUAUGGGUUUUCGUCCACACGAGCAAAAUGCACCAAGUGUUGUAAAUGCUUAUAAAGAUUUUAUUUUUCGUUCAGAUGAGAAUAUAAUAAAUUUGAAAAAAGAUAUCUAUAUGAAGAACCAGCUUCUUCGUGACAAAAAUGCUCUGAUUCAAAGUCUAUUAUUGGAUACAGAAAUAAACUCUGAUAAUACACAACCAAAGAAAGUGCAUUCUUUAAGGGCACUUGCAAUGACUAUGAUUCGACAGCAAAUGACUGCAUCAGGGGCUGUCAUUCGAGAAAAUAAUGAAAAUGCAAAAAAAUCUGUAAAUAAUGCUGCCAAAGAAGGAAAUACUACGAAGAACAAACUAAAAGUACUGAGAAGAGGAUCCAAAAGAAAAGGAAAAACAGUUAAAGAGAUGAGAAAAAGUGAAGAAAGAAAUGCAGCAAAUAUAUCUUCUAGAAUUUGGAGUGAAAUAAAAGAAGAGAUAAAUGAAAAUGAUUCUAUACAAAAGAAAAUAUCUAGCUUACCGUCUAUUGAUCAUACUUUCUUUUCGUUGCCAAAUCCUCAUUAUCAGCAGCAGACCAAAAAGUUCAGCAUGAGAAAUGGCAAAAUGUCGAACAAUAUGUCACAUAAUUAUCAGUUACCAAUCAGGCAGUCUUCCACAUCUUUCCUUGACGGAUUGACUGCUAAUUCAAUAAAAAUUAUUGCAGGAAGACAGGGUAAAAAACGACUGGCUUAACUUUUACUACGCACUGAAAAGAAAUGCUAUCUUAUAUCUCUCAGCAAUACAGAUGUCGAUAUAAUUAAGAGAUAUGUGAAGUUAAUCACACGCAUUUUUUUUGCUACAUAGCGUUAGUAUAUUUGAUAACGUUCACCGAAUAACCGAAGGAGGUGAAUAUUGUUUUACCGGAUCAAAAGUUUUCCUUCGUGACAUAUAUUACAAAGUAAGUAUUACAUCUAAUUAACAAACUGUAUUGAAAUCUUUUCCGUAUGAUUCGUGCCAGCUUAGACGGAAUGUUUGCUAAGACAGAAAAUUCAAAACGUACAGAGAUAAAAAAGCACAUUUAAAAUACGCGAGUGUAAAUCGAGAAUACGUGCACACAUUUACAAAUACACUUACAGAAAUACACUGAAAUACAUAUCAUGAAAUCGUCGCAAGUUUAUUACCACUUGAUAAACUUUCAAUGAAUAUAUGAAUAUAAAUUCUAGACUCUAUUAAUAAAGAAGGAAGCAACCAGUCUGAUGUCCUCAAUAACCAUUUACUUAUUUAUUAGCCACAAAGGUUUAAAGACAAUGGAACACGAUAUUAAACGGUAGGUUUAUAUAAAAAACAUGCAGAAAGAAAACAAUAAAAAGCGAUAACAAAAAUACCAAAAGAAUAGUAUUCCUAUAAAGAAGAAAGCUACUUAUGCCCGAUCAAGAAACCGUACAGGUCCUAGAUUACUCUGACGAAACCAAAUGCUAAAUUGACCAGCACCACAAAGAAGCCAGACCUGUUAUCCACCUUCUCUAGGAUUUACCCUUUACUAUGAAAGUAGACAAGAAUAAAUCUCAAAACUGCAUUGGUCUGAACUUUUCGGAAGAUACGCGCCAAUUUCAUUCCUAAUGACUUGGCUAAAAUCUCAAAGUCUAUAAAAUUAUGUAUCAUAAUUAAAUAAAUUAUCUCUCCCUUUACUACGUUGUUUCUCAACAGUCUUACCAAUUCCGUCUUAUAGAUCUGCAUAUUCUCCCACUAGGAACAAUUUUACCAUUGAUAUAUGUAAAACUCAUACGAUUUACAGUCUUUGCCAUUCCUAUGUCAGUUGCUAUUACGAGGGCUUUCUGCUCUAUGCUAUAAAAUCUGUCUAGUGCCCCGAUAUGAUGUCAAAAUAAGCACUACACACGCUACAGUCUCUAUUUAACGUCCACCCCAGUUUAUCAAAAACCAAAUUUAGGACUUUGACACACCGUGCCUCUGUCACAAUGGAUGCAAAUAAAACGGAUUUCGUUCCUUUGUGUCUUGGCUCUAAGAACCUAACCUUCAUGUAAUACGUGUCGA